AUGUCUCUAAGUGCGAUGAUGGCCAGUUCUAUUGCACUACAACCUACAGUUGGUCUGUCUCGUCCAGUUCGCCCGAAGCCUCUUUGCACGCAGUUUUCUUUUGGGAGGAGCAAAGCUCAUGCCAUUCAAGUGAAGCGUGCAUUUGUCAUUUGUUCUGCUGCUGAACAGACCCAAACAAUAACCCGCAAAUCAUCUACGAUUACAGUUGCACCUAUCCAGGGAAAAGAAAAAUCCCCGGAGCUUGAUGAUGGUGGAGCGGGAUUUCCACCGCGUGAUGAUGGUGGCGGCGGCGGUGGCGGCGGCGGCGGCGGUUGGACUGGCGGUUUUUUCUUCUUUGCCUUCCUUGCUCUCCUGGGACUUCUCAGGGAUGAAGAGGGGCUAGCGAGAUCGCGGUGGUCGUCGGGGCUGGCGCUCGAGCGUGCCAUGCUCGUCUCAGCUAAGGGCUCGCGGGCAUGCGGUGAUACGCGGAAUUCGUCGGGCCCUUAUCAACCUCAGAGCCUUCUGCUCUCUCUAGUUGUCUUCGUGGGCGACAAGCUCAGAUACGACUUGAUUGGGGACUAG